AAGGAGUCAUGGACAAACAACCACUUACACAGGCUUAAAAGUUUGCGUUGGAUGUACUGAGUGUUUCUGUAUUUCAAAAUGCAGACUUAUCUUCUUUCCCAGCAACUUGAGGCUAGGUCUUUGACAGAAAACUCCAGUGUUUGUCCACCAAAUGCUACUAUUUGCAAUGGCACAUCUUGUGUGCAAGCUGAGGACAAUUUUAACAAAAUUUUGAAUACAGUACUGAGUACUGUUCUAACAAUAUUGCUGGCUAUGGUGAUGUUCUCCAUGGGCUGCAAUGUGGAAAUAAAAAAAUUUUUGGGCCAUGUAAAAAGACCCUGGGGUAUUUUUGUGGGUUUCCUUUGCCAGUUUGGAAUUAUGCCUCUCACAGGCUUUGUGCUGUCACUGGUCUUUAAUGUGCUUCCUAUUCAGGCGGUUGUGGUGAUGAUCAUGGGAUGCUGCCCAGGUGGAACAGCCUCCAAUAUCAUUGCCUACUGGGUGGAUGGUGACAUGGACCUAAGCAUGAGCAUGACAGCUUGCUCCACACUGCUUGCAAUGGGGAUGAUGCCACUUUGUCUCUUUAUUUAUACCAAGAUGUGGACUGACUCUGACUCGAUUGUACUCCCCUACAACAGCAUUGGAAUUUCACUAGUAGCUCUUGUAGUUCCUGUUUCUUUUGGGAUGUUUGUUAACCACAAAUGGCCUCAUAAAGCAAAAAUCAUACUUAAGAUUGGUUCCAUUGUCGGAGCAGUCCUCAUCGUGCUCAUAGCUGUGGUUGCAGGAAUACUGUACAAAGGCUCCUGGACUAUCUCCCCUAAAUUGUGGGUCAUUGGUACCAUAUUUCCAGCAGCUGGAUAUUCUCUGGGGUUCUUUCUGGCUCACAUAGCUGGUCUGUCUUGGAGCAGAUGUCGGACAGUGGCUCUGGAAACAGGCAUGCAGAACACUCAGCUGUGUUCGACGAUCGUACAGCUCUCCUUCACUUCUGAACAACUUGAACUGAUGUUUACUUUCCCACUCAUCUACAGUAUUUUCCAGGUGUUGUUUGCACUAAUAUUUUUAGCAGGCUACCGUAUUUACAGAAGAUACCAAGGCAAAACGAAGGCAGAUGAUAUGAAAACAGAGGAAGAAACACAGUCAAAAUCAGCAUUGCCAUAUGCUGUAACAAAUGGAGGAUUUAUAUCAAAUGAGACCAAAUAGACAAUCACCUCACCGUUCCAACGGGCUAAAAAUGCAUAAUAUAUAUGGUUUACUUAAAACUUUUUUUUUUACAGUCUAUUGCUUUAAGGAAGUAUUUAACAAGAGAAGGUGUUCUGCUGAUACUGUACAGAAAGACUUUAAAAUGAUUAACUUAUGAAAUAUUUCUACUUUAAUUUUGAACAUGGUUUCUGCCAUGAUUGUAGAAUCUAUUUGAAGCUAAUUCUCUAGAAUAUUCAAUGUUGUAUUACAGCUUAUUUAAAAAAAAAAAAAAAACAGAAUAAAGGCAGGCUAAAAAAUAGCAGACAUCUGCUGAGAAAGUAGACAUUUGCAUUACGAACUUCAGCCGCUGAUCCUGCAGAUCCAUCCGCUAGUCUUAGCCCUAGCACCAAGAAAGAGAAAUGUUGCAAAAGUGCUUGAACAGCUACAGGAGUUGAUGUGGAAGAUCUGACAAGGCUGGAGGACUUUCACUGAGCAUGAAUCAACCUUGAAAUUGAAACAAGCAAGUAAAGAAAUAAUGUUUCAUUUAGGUCAGUCUGAUCAGACUAAAGCUGUUGCGCCGUGAUAAUUGCUUGCAGUGUUAAUUUAUACAAAAGCUAUAAUUUUAAACAGUGCAAAAUACCUUAUGACUCCAUUUUUUUGCUCAGAUUAAUAACAAACAACAGUUUUAUAUCUUCAGUCUGAGUCAUUUAGAUGCUGGAAAGAUCAAUGGAGAGACAAAGCCCAGGGUAUGAGCCAAGAGCAGUGUUAGUAUGCCAGCUACAUACAAAGGAGCAGGCUUAGUUUUUGGAGGUGUGAGAAAUGGUCCACUUUUGCACUGAAAGGGAGGCAUGUAAAAGUGGAACAAAAUUGUCCCUGAUUCAUCCAGGAGUACGUUCACCACCUUUAAGAUAGAAUAAUAGUGCUUACAGGGAGUCAUAUAUUUCUGUGAUUUUGUGAACUCAGUCUGUCCCUGACACUGAUUUAGUCAAUACCUUAAAAUUUUUGAUUAUAUAAAGCAUGGACAAAAAUAGUUGUAUGUAAACAUACAUUACUUGUCUCUGAAAAUUUGAGAGUACAUAUGGAAAGCUGUCCUAAGUGUGUGGAGAAAGUGAGUGCAAUUCUAAGAAAAACAGUGCAGUGAAUUUUUUGCAGCUGAAAUUUUUUGUGGAUGCAUUUAGUAACAUUAGUCCUGUAGUUCUUAUGCAAAGAAAAAUCCAGAGAACUUCAGAUGAAAUGAAUGAGAGUUUGACUGACCAAAAACUUCAAGAAUGAGCCAGCUAUCAACACAUGGAAACUAUACACCUCUUUGUCAUAUUCAAGUGGACAUUUUGAAGGCGUUGUGAGUUAAUGUGGCAGAUUUUUACAAACGCAGCUUAAAUUGUGGAAUUUAGGUUCCAGACACAUAGCUUUCCACUUCUGCAGCAAUAUGCCCGAUAUUAAACAAAGGAUAAAUUAUUUCUAUAUACCAGAUGCAGGGGAAAGGGUCUUGAAAUGUUUCUGAGCUCUAAGAUGCUUGAAGUUGCUUAGUUUUCAGGAGGACAUUCAGAACGUUCAUAACCUCCAAAGAGGAGGUCAACACUUAGUGGGAUCUAGCACAUAACAUGCCUUUUUAUAUAAUAAAGAAUAAACAGAAAAAGGCAGUGAAUUCUAUUACGGAAGAAUCAUAAAUGUGAAACACUACAUUCAUUGAGAAAAGGAUAAGCUGUUGUUUGCAACAUACGCAGUAAAAAGGCUAUUGUGGUUAUCCUGCUUCCCUCAAAAUACAGGCAGUAGAAAUCGGGAUCACAUCUUUCUAGCACAACCUGCUACUUUUUCCACUUUCUAAAGCUAAAAUAACCCCAAUGUUUUUGCACAUAUUUUACAUAGAUUUUGAAAAUGUGUUGAAGAAUAAUAUUUUGUCUUCCAUGUGCCUUUGUAUUUAAAACAAGUGUAUAAACACUGAACUGAACAUGGUCAGUAACUGUUUAUAAUUUUGCCCACUGGAGUAAUUUGAGGUGGAAAGAAUUGAGACUGAAUCCUAACAUGCAGACCAAGUUUAUGACUUUGAGAUGUAAUAAAAACACCUCAGAUUGUGUAAAAUGUAUAUGUUUAAUGACGAGUAUUAAAUGAACAUGAGAUG